AUGUUUGGACCGCGGCGAUGCCUGCUUCAGCCUUCCUUUCUACGGACACCCUACUUACCUAGCCAACUCUUCCGUUCCCCAGCAUCCUAUGGACUCACAGGCACAAUUCGAGACUCGUCGACAACAGAGUUGACCCCCACGCCCCAAAGCCGCAGGAUAUCCGAUGAGGCUGGGCGCGACCCUGCGAGUAUCGGGGAUAGAAUAGCCUUCAAUCCUGAGCGACUGUCACAAGAACAUUCCACACUAUUUGAUCUUUUUUCAUUGUCCAGCAUCCCUGCCCUAGAAGAACAGGACCCAGGGGCGAAAGUUGACGAAUUUGGGCAAUUACAAAUCACAGACAUUGCGAAGAGCCUCAAAAAGUACCAGACGGCUCUAGUAUUUUCGGCUGCACCUAUUUCAUUAGUUGAGCACGACUUUAGAAGGCUACUCUGUUCAGGAAAGCAUAUCGAAGGGUGGAGGAGUGAUGGAGGACUCGAAAAAAUAAUUCCAGUGCGCCAUCCCCAGACCCUUCGUCGCAAACAUGGUUGGAUUUUAGUCUUUUCGACCCCGGCGGCGGCUCAAGAAUACCAAGCUCGCGUACAUCGUCUCCGUCGCCUUCUUCACCGUCACCUUCCAGUCACUCCUGAAUCUAAAGUUCAACUGCCCCCCGCAUACACGGUACCUGAGGCUCGCGGAUUUAUACUUCAAGACUACACAAUAAGUUCACCAUCACAGUUCCCAUCUGUGACAGGUUACCUUGCACCGUUCAGCAAACAUGUGCAGGAUAUGAUUACACUACACAAUAAUAUUCAAGCUCGCACACCGAAUUCAUAUGCCGUGCAAGUUUCUAUUGAUAGUCGUCAACUUCCCACUCUAUCAACUAGACAUAUUUUUAAGCUCUUGCGUGGCGACUCUGAGACACACGGGGUUCCGUGGAAGCUCGCUGAGAUACAGGACCCUAUCAUCUACUUAACAGGUGAAAUCACCCAUCAAAUUCUAGACGAUGAGCAUGACGGCGAUGGCUUGACCAACACAAUAAAAAACUGGAGAGUCACGUUUGGAAACUCUUCAGAUGCGAGGAGGUUUGCAAGGCUAAUGCAUCGAAAACCGUUGCCACGGUUUCCGGGGUUAUUCUGCGACCCUCCACCAUUGAUAAAUGUCGAAUGUUUGUUCCGCAACGAGGGUUAUUGA